CGAGCCGGCUCACUGAAAAGAGCCGGAAUGCCCAUCACCUAUUGUCGAUGGCCGAAAAACUAGUAGUGCGCUAUGAUGACAUACGGGGAGGGGCAUCCGAGCAGUGAGCUAUGUUGUAUUUGGUUGUAUGUGUAACUUCUUAUUUAUACCUCAGUGUGUAACGCCGAGUCGGGGAGAUGAUGAAGAUUAGCUUACGCGCUAUGUAAAAUUGUUACAGCAGCACAGCCAUUCGUCACUAUUUGGUGCUUGCGCCACGUGGAGCGAAAGGCUACAUUUAUCGUGUUACAUUUUAUCCUAAAUGUUAUCGCAUUGGUAUUAGCAACAACUUCGUAUUUUUUUGUUGCGUUGCAAUAAUGGAAACAGUGAUCUGACUGCCGCACUUCUCAUCUCUACAAGCACAGGAUGAAGGGUCGGACAGACGCCCCGCGCGAUAGGGGCUGGUUGGUGGGGAUCAUCUUCUUCAUCCUGGGCCUCGGGACGCUGCUACCAUGGAACUUCUUCAUGACCGCCUCCAUGUAUUUCAACAGCCGCCUUAACAAGACUGAAUGGAGCAACGGCACGGUGGUCUCCCACAAAGAGUACUACUUCAACAACUGGAUGACUCUGCUGUCCCAGCUCCCCCUGCUGCUCUGCACUCUGCUCAACUCCUUCUUCUAUCAGCGGAUAUCGGAGAUGGUGCGGAUAGCGGGCAGCCUGGUCUUCAUCUUCAUCCUCUUCAUCCUUACUGCCAUCCUGGUCAAGAUCCCCAUGGAGGAGGACCGCUUCUUCUCUGUUACCAUGGCUACCAUCUGGUUCAUCAACUCGUUUGGAGCGGUGCUACAGGGCAGUCUGUUUGGCCUGGUGGGCCUCCUUCCUCAGAAGUACAGCGCUGUGUUCAUGAGUGGCCAGGGGCUGGCCGGCACCUUCGCUGCUAUCGCCAUGCUGGUCUCCAUAGCCAGUGAUACGGACCCUGAGACGGCUGCGUUGGGUUACUUCAUCACGCCGUGUGUUGGAACCCUGAUCACUUUGCUUAGCUACCUCCUACUGCCUCGCCUGGAGUUUGCCCGGUUUUACUUGGACAAGAGCAGGAGUUAUGAGGUGGAGACCGCAGAUGAGCUGCUGAAAGUGACAGGGAGUGGGUCGGCGGAGAACUGCAAGCUGUAUGGCCACGCCAAUGGCUCAUUGGCCAAUGGAGGUGCCAGUGGUGAGGAGGUGGAGGUAGAGGGGGCUGGGGUCAGUCCCAAGCAGGCCUUCUUAACCCUGGAGCAGGCUGAGGUCAGGGACAGGAAGUCCACCGUCAUGGAGGUGUUUAAAAAGAUAUGGGUGAUGGCUUUCUGUGUGGUUUUUGUCUUCACCGUCACUCUCGCUGUGUUCCCCGCCAUCACUGUGGACGUCAAGACUAUAUACCCUGGGAAAUGGGAACCUUAUUUCAUCUCUGUGUGCUGCUUCCUCAUUUUCAACGUGUGUGACUGGAUCGGCAGAACCGUCACCACCCUGGUCCAGUGGCCCCCCAAGGAGAGUUUUCUGUUCCCGGGGCUGGUGGUCUCCAGGGUGGUGUUUGUUCCUCUGCUGAUGUUCUGUAACGUCCAGAGGCGCUCCUACUUCCCCGUCCUCUUCUCCCACGACGCUGCCUUCGCCUUCAUCAUGACGCUGUUCUCCCUCUCCAAUGGCUACUGCGUCUGCCUCUCCAUGUCCUACGCCCCACAGUUGGUGGCUCCUAAAGAUGCAGAGACGGCCGGGGCCCUGAUGACUUUCUUCCUGGCUCUGGGCCUCUCCAUCGGGGCCGCCCUGUCCUUCCUGCUGCGACUACUGGUCUAGACACACACACACACCAGAGGACCACCACCAUCAGUCAACGCCAUCCGUUGUCAAGUGACAACAGCCACCUCCAUCCCCAUCCGUAAAGUGACGGGACACGCCAUGACAUCAUCCACUUCCAUCGUCAUACCUAGAAGGACCCAGGCUGGGAAUAGAGCUGCCUACAGAAAAGCCUGCAUCAAAAUGAUAUUAGUACUGACCACAAUAGAUAUUAUACCAGGGAUUGAAUAUCAUCUCCCCAGCUGCCUGACAUGCACUACACGUAUUGAAAUAACUGAGAAAUGAAGGGUAUGACGCUACAUGAAUGCUAGCUAGCUACUUUACAGCUGGUUUACAGUGGUUAGCAGUAAAAGACUCUGGUUGCCUCUCAUCGGACAACAAUGAAUGGACACAGUCGGUGCCAAACAGUUUUAAACUUGGGUCGUUAUUUUUGAGUUGGACCAUUUUAAGGAGUUUUUUUUUGUAUAAUGUUUGUUUUCCUGUUGUUUUCUUAAGGCACUAACCUUAGUCAAGAACUGUAGCUAUAGGAGUUUAUGGAGAACUAAUGGAUUGUUCCACAAAGUAGAUCAUUUUCUCUUAUUUUCAUAACGACAUCAGAUUAAAUCAGGAUUACUAGCGCUGAUGAGUAAGUACUUAUAUUUUUCAACAAAGCCUUUGAUUUGAUUGAAAACUUUUGAUUUAUUUUGGAUAUCAUGACAAUAUGUAAUAGUACAUUAUUUUUGCACGGAAGACCAAUGAAAUUAUUUUGCAUUUCGUUACAGAUAGGUUUCUUCAUUAUGUUAUUUGCACAUCAGUACAAAGGCACUACAUUACACAUACAACAUGGACAUUGGUCUGUGGACAUCAGCACACUCAUGUCAUUCUAGCCCAUUGGAGUGGAGAGGACCACUUGGGGUGUGUUCAAUAGAGUGAAAUGUAGUUCAUAGAAAAUACUCUAUUCGCUUCCUGUUUAUGUCAGGAUAAUGGCCCAGUAGGACUGGUUUUAGAAACAGGAUAUGAUGCAGUGUAAUAAUAGGAACAGAGGGAAAGGAGGUUAUGGGAACCAGACCACAUUCCACUCCUCCUCAUUCCCACUGUUCUCCCGAGGGUAGCGUUCAGUCUUACCAUAACAGGAUUUCCCAAAUUCGGGUGCACGUUUUGGUUUUUGUCCCAGCACUAUACAGCUGAUUCAAAUAAUCAACUAAUCAUCAAGCUUUUGAUAAUAUGAACCAGCUGUGUGGUGUUAGGGCAAAAACCAAAACGUGCACACGUUGGGGUCCCAAGGUUGGAUUUUGGGAAAUGCUGCCCUAACACCAUUCUGUGCAGCUAACCUACCUAUUAACUGGUUGCUGCCUAGUCACUUUGUUAGAACAGAGCUUUUGCUUUAGGUAUAAUGUACAAAGGUGUGCUGUGACAGAUUUUUCUAAGCAAAAGGGAUACACUCCCUGCUUUGUUGUAAACGGGGUGUUGGUCUCUAGCUGUUGGCUUUCUGUAAUAACAAAUGUUUAACUUUUCACCAUGAAAAAGUGGCAGAUAUUCUGUUUCGAUUAUGUAAAUUCAUUGGAUUUAAGUAACAGCACUUGCUUUUGUUUCGCUGUUGGUCAUUUACUAGACUAAACGAUAGUCUUUUGAACACAGAUGAAGAACAAGAAUAGCUUCUAGCUGUCACUGGUUGAUGAGCCAGCUACGGGUGUCUGUAUCUGCCAAUAUAUGAGUUCAUAUUACACGGACAGUGGGAGUAAAAUACGUUACAGUAAGACAUUUUUAAAUACAUUACAUCACAAUUUCAUAAUUCUCUGCCAAUUUUCAUUCCUUGAAUGUGUCAUGGCUACGAUGACUUUAAUGGAGUCAGAUUAUACAGAUUAUACAUUAUACAGAUUAUACAUUAUACAGAUUAUACAUUUAACGGAGUGCCAUUAAACAUUAAUCGACAACCAUUUCUAAAGCUGUGCAUUAAGUUAAAUUAUAGAUUUAUAUGUCUAUAAACAAUUUAUUUUUUGCCCAUUCCGUUUCCAUUUCAGAUAUGAACACAUUGAUUAGAACCUUACCAACUCUUGUAUAAACUUUGUGUUUGCUCUA